UAUAUACUUUAUAUUGAUUUUCUUUUAGAAUAAAUUGGUUAUUGACAUAAUUAAAACCAGAAUUAAAAGAAAUUUUAGGAAUUUAUAAUAGCAGAUUGGAAAACUUUGUUGUAUGCAUUUAAAUUUAUAAUAUAGACAAUGUCAGACAAAAAAGGCCAACGAACUAAAGGAAACACAAAGCCUUCUAGUAGUAGUCGUGCAGCACAAUUUUUACAACAAGAAGGUCAAAUAGAAUUUACAAUGUUUUCAGGACUUAAGGGAACACAAGUAAAUGAUAGUUCUAUGCUUGAUGGAGAGCUGAAAAUGUUAUUACGAAAAAUGUCUAAAAAAGAUACAAUAACAAAAAUAAAGGCUAUACAGGAGUUUACUACUAUAUGCAAAGAAAAGGAUAUCGAUUCUAUUAAAUCAAUAUUGAUAAUAUGGCCACGAAUAUUUAAUAAACUUUCUCUAGACUAUGACCAUCGCGUCAGAGAAGCAACUUUACAUGCUCACUAUGAAAUUUCAGUAAGGGCUGGUCGAAAUCUUGGUCCUUAUUUGAAAAUUCUUUUACCAUGUUGGCUAAUUGUAAUGUUUGAUCCUUUUGUUCCUUGUGCUUUAAUAGCACAAAAAUCAUUCAAUGAAAUUUUUCUCAAUGGAAAAAAGGCAGAUGUUUUAAAAUUUUGUGAAAAAGAGCUUAUUCAGACUAUUACCAACAAUCUUUUGAAAGAAACAUCAGAAACUUUAAGUGAUCCAAAAACUUCUCCUUUAGAAGAAAGAGAAGCAAAAUAUAUAAGAGUUGUUUCAAGUUCAAUGCUUGCAUUUGAUUAUAUUAUUAAAAAUGCUGAUUUAAAGAUGUUUGAAGAAUCUAUUAAAGUCUUUGCUGCUGAUAAAACUUUUUGGAAGUAUUCUAAACACUCUUCUGGUUUGAUACGUUCAUCAUUUUACACUUUAAUCUUAACUUGCUUGCUGAAGUCCACAGUUAUAAGUGAAUAUAUAUCAAUGUUAGCUUCAACUAUUCUCAAUUCUUUUGAUGAGCAAGACUCAACUGUUGUUCGACCAUUGUGGGAUUUAAUUUUGAUUUUUACAUCAAAGUUCCAGGAAUGUUGGAGCCAUGUUAAUGUUAGAAAAGCUGUUUUUCCAAAACUCUGGAAAAUGUUGAAGAAUUGUGGUUAUGGUAAUAUUACCAUAAUUUAUCCCAAUUUAGUUUUGUUCCUAAGCCACCUGCCCAAAGAGAUUGUAGGUGCAGAAAAUUUCUUUUUCAAUGAAUUCUUGUCUUCACUUACUGAAGGACUCUUAACUAAUGCAAAUGUUUUAUUACCUGCUGACGUAAAGUUGCUUAUUAAUUCUUACAAAGAAUGCUUUCAGUAUAUGCUAUUGCAGAAUAUCACAAAUGAAAAAGUGAAGAAUUACUUGUUAAAUGAUCAGCUUCAUUCUACCUUGCAACAAUUCUUCAAUUUGAAAGAAUUAGCUUCAUAUGGUUCUUUUUUUUUUAUGCAGUUAAAUUACUUAAUAUCUUUUAUAAAAAGUAAAUCCUCUUAUGAUACGAACCAAUUGCUUAAUGAUGUUUGGUCUGUGAUUUCAAAUGUAGUUAUCCCUCCAAGUAAAACUUUUUUGUCAGCAAAUAAUCAUUUUUAUGAGAUGCUACUACAAUUUGUGGAAUGCAUGUGUACAGAUAAAAUUACAAAGAAUAAAAGCAAUUUAGAAGACAAUCAAUAUUUAACUAACUUAUUAUGCAGUAUUUAUAGCUGUUUUGAUUCAAGUAAAGAAGAAUAUAAGUAUAUAAUUAAAAUUUUAUGUUACUAUCAUGAUAUAAAUGUUUUAAAAUUCAUACUUAAUACUUCUGAUCUAAAUUAUGAAUAUGUGAAUAAUUUGGAUGUUUGUUGCAAGUUUCAUGCAUAUGUGCUAGUUCCAUUGACAAAAAAUGAAACCAAUUUAGAAGAUAUUUCUCAACUUUCUAUCUCCUUGCAUGAGCUACUUCAACAAAGUGAGAUUGUGUUGUAUCUCAACUAUAUUUUUAAGGAAAAACUAUCACAAGAAUAUUCAUUGAGUUUGUUGAACAAGGUUUUAGACAGCUCUGAUUGUUCAGUUUUAAGCUGGUUAAAAAGUGAAGCACAAAAUAUAUUUAUUGAUUUAUUGAACUACAAGAAUAUUUUAAACAAUCUUAACACACCUUUGAAGUACUUAAUGUUAUUAGAAGGUCAAGAGUUGGACCACUAUGCUAAUGUAUUUAUUUCAACAUUAAAAAGAUAUUUUCAUGAAACUUACAACACGGAGUUAGCGGCAUCUUUUAUUUCAAUCUGCAAAUCAACUUGUAAUGUCACUAUUGAAUUCGUUGAUGUAUGGUUUUUAAUUUUGGAAAAAAAAAGAAAAGCAGAUUCCCAGGAUGCUCUUCUGUGUGGCUUUUGUAAAAUAGCAAAUAGUUCUUAUCGAAAUGAUUUUCAUAAUGUUUUUAUGAAAUGGACGAUUGAAAACUGUUUUGAUGAUAUAAUGUACCAUGAUGAUGUUUUAACCAUAUUAAGUUAUCCUGGUCACGAGGCUUUCGAUGGAUUUUGUUUUAAACUAGCAAAGGAUUUAUUGUCUGUUGAAUAUUGGAAAUUAAAAGAUUCCAAAAAAAUUAAUGCAAUUUUAUUUUAUUCAAAAUUUCUGGAGAGGAUUUGUCUAAAAUUUCCAUUAGAUUCAGAAUUAGUUAUUGAUACUACUAUUAGAUGCAUGUCUGAAGAUAAUAAUGUGUUGGAAAAUUUUGUUUUAAAUUAUGAAGAACAUCAAAUAGAACUUUUUCAAAAACUUAUAAGAACAAGAUCUGCAAAUGAACUGCAUUAUUUUUUGAGUAUAUUUCAAAAGCACAAAAGACUAGAUAAACUUCUUAAUAAGUGCUUUUCAUUAAUAAUAGUAGAAAAUUUUACUGAUAAACUCUGUGUAGCCAUUGGUUUUUUAAAUGAAGUAUCAGAAAUAAAAAGACUCGCUGAUCAUUAUAUUUCAGAGUUACUUUCUGGUGUAAAAGUUGAAGAGUUUAAAGUUUUAUUAAAAGUGAUAUGGUGUAUCUUAUCGCAAUGGCAGCAGGUUGAUAACAACUGUAAUGAGGAAUACAAAGACUAUGCAACAGACUUGUUGAAUUAUAUUGUUACCUGGUGUUCUGACAACAAUCAUCUUCUACUUUUAUCAACAUCAAUCAGCAAUGAUGUCUCGUUAGAUAAAAAUCUAAUGUCAUUGCUGUGUCAUCUGUUGCUGACUGCUGGAGUUUGUAUGCGAACAGAACAUUGGGACUUUUAUCUAUGUUCAUUAGUGGCAUGGCUUCAGACUUGUGAAGAAACAUUUUUGUCGUCAAUUCUAACCGAUUGUUCAAUUGAGUUUAUGAUCUCAUGUUAUGAAAUGUUUCGUAUUUUGGCUGCAAUAUUUGACAAAUACACAAAGUGUUCUUAUCCUCCAUUGAUUGGGCUAAGUAUAUCUUUCGAUGGGCUUGUGAAUGACACAUUAAUUUCAGAAUGGAAAGAGUUUUUUCUUCCAGCUUGUCAUGCUUCUAUUCAUAAUGUUGCUAUGAAAGCUCUUUUAAACGAAUAUCCAAGUGUACCUGAGAAACUAUGUUAUGCUAUAUCAUCUGCAAUGCAGUUUGUAUCUCGAGAAUAUAUUAUUGAAAAUCUUUUUAAAAAUAUCACAUCUGAAAUGCAAAAAAAAAAAGUAGUUGGCGACUUAUUUAGAUUUUUAAACAAAAUAAUUUUCAAUGGUCCAGUGCAUUUUAAACUUGAAAGUUAUCACAUUCUAUCAAAAUUAAGUGACUUUAUUGAAGAAUUUCUUUGUAAGAAUAUUGAACCUGAGUCAAGUGAAUAUGAACAAUUAAGAUUGUUUCCUGACGAGCUUCUUGAAAAUAUUACAAAAAGUCACGAUGUUGUUUUACUUAUUUUAAGUAAAACUGAAGUUUCCAUUACUAAUCCUCUGCGAGGCAUUACAGAUAAAGAUCAUCAAUCUAGUUUGUUAACAUAUUUGUUAUCAUGGCAACUUGUUAUACAAGUAUUCAAAAUGGCUUCUCCCAGCAAUCGAUCUUUGUUUGCUAAUUUUUUUCACAAAUUUGGGACACUUAAUGAAUUAAUAACUUUUUUAUGUUGCAUUAUGAAACAGAGUUAUAUCAUUGAAAAAAUAGAAGAGUUUAAAGUGACUACCUUGGCAUUUGAGGAUUUGCAGACAGUUUCUUUUCACUUGUUUGACAGUGCUAUGAAUUGCAUGCCAGCACUUAUUAGAAGUUGGUUUAGCAAGCUUGAUCGAAAAGAUGCAGCAUACGUUGAAAAGUUUACAUCUUCAUAUAUAACUCCCAAUUUGUUAAAAAAAGAGUUUAACAAAGUUACAAACUAUAAGCAAGACCUUUCAAAUAAUAUGAGUGUUAAAGCGUUACCUGUAGCUCGUGAAAUAAUUGCAAAAUACUCAAUUGAGGAGAUGACGAUGGAAUUAGUGUUAACUCUUCCUACAAAUUACCCUCUAAGUCCAGUUAAUGUUGAAUGUGGUAAAAGGUUUGGAGUAUCUACAGCCGAGUGGAGGCAAUGGAUGUUGCAACUUACCACAUUUUUAUCAUUUCAAAAUGGUGCAGUAUCCGAUGGUCUACAAAUGUGGAAAAAUAAUGUUAACAAAAGGUUUGAAGGUGUUGAAGAGUGUAUGGUUUGUUUCUCGAUUAUUCAUCCUUCAAAUUAUUCUCUGCCAACAAUAGCAUGUAAAACUUGUAAAAAGAAAUUCCAUCCAGUUUGCUUGUACAAAUGGUUCGGAACCAGCGGUAAAUCCACUUGUCCACUUUGUCGAGAUCAAUUUUAAAAAACGUUUUCGUUUUGUCGGAAUGGAUAUUUACAAAAGAAUCUGUUUGUUUUUUGAAGAUUGUAAAACUAGGAAACUAAUGAAAAAAAAUAUUUUUUAACAUA